GCCCGCCCCACCCCCGAGCCGAGCGGGCGGAAGCGCGGAGGUGGCUGCGAGAUGGACCGCAGCCUUCCACUUUUCUCCACCCAGGACAGCCCCUUUGGGGAUGCUCCCUUGAAACAAAGUCACUACUGGCCAUCGAGAAGCCAGACCUGGCACCCCAAGAUGAAGACACCCACCAGUGUGUGCCAGCCCAAUGGCAAGGGAGUGGUCACUAGAGGGAAGGAAGACGUGAUAGAAAUGAGGAAGCCGAGCCCAUCCAGGAACCAGAGAUCCAGACUCCCAGCAGCUCCCGAGGCUCCUGCCACUGGUCCCAACUCCCCUACACGUCCUAACUCCUCUGAGCUGUUUGAGGAGUCCUGGCCAUCCAGUUCAGGGACCUCUUCCCCACCCAGCACCACUGAGGGACAGAUGGGAGGCUCCCCAUCACCCACCCUGAUUGACAGUGGGGAUUCUGUGGUGGCCAAGUACAUAAACAGAUUCCGCCAGGCUCAGCCAACAAGCCGAGAGGAACGGCAGCCUCCAGGCCCAACCCCAGCUGACUUUUGGUGGCUUCAUCCUGAAUCUCCAGACCUCAGCAGUCCACUUGCAUCAGGAGCCAGUGAACCAGAAGGAAGAUCCAAUACAGCUGUCCCGACUCUUGCCAAGAUGACCAGUGCAUCUCAGGUUAAGGCUAUGGCCCCCCUUCAGGAAAUAAAGCAGAACCUCUACACAUGGAACUCCCCUCUGCUGGACCUGGAGACACUGAGCCUGCAAAGCAGAGCUGCCAGACUGCUCAAACGCAGCAAGGCCUCCACCUCCUCCUCCCUCAGCCCCAGUGAUGCCAGCACCUCCUCAUUGCCCACCAGCUCUGAUGGCCUCUCUCCCUCUACCAUGACCUUCACCCCUGACUCCAGCAAGGACUAUGACCCCAGGGUACCUGCAACCUCAGCAGUGGACCCCAUACCUGUUCCUACCCCGGCCUCCACCGGAGCACCUCUGAGGCCAGAGGAUGAUAUUUUAUACCAGUGGCGGCAGCGGAGGAAGCUUGAACAGGCCCAGAAACUUGAACAGGCUCCAGAAAGAGGCCAGGGGGAUGGAACCUGGGUGCUGCCUAGGAACCCUACCCGCCACACUCCAGUUUCUGUCCCCAUCACUUUGCAGACUUCUCCUGCCCCUGUGGAGACCCUUGGUUCCAUGGGAACCCAGCCUAACAGUGUCCCCCUUUGGGACAAUGUGGCCCAUUCUGGUCCCCCUCCUGGUCCCCCUCCUAUUCCUCCAGGAUUCACACCACAUAUGUUUUGGGGCCCCAGCCCUCAUGGAGUCUUCUGGGCCCCGCAGUACAGUCCCUGGGUAUCUCUGGGGGCCGUUCCUCCCACGCCCCCAACCUUAGCUUCUGCGCCCCCGGGCAACACUCCUGUACCUCUGGCCCCCACUUCUAUGCCCGUCUCCACUCCAGUUCCCCCCGUCAUCCCCCAGGGUCACCCCACCCCAGCACCAAGCAGCCCCUCCCUGCUGAGGAGGCAGGGCCCCAAACCCCAGAAGAGCAGAACUCCUCCGCACUGCCAGGAGCCUGCUGGUCAAGUCCUGGCAGCUGAGGAGGGGCCUGGCCCACAGCUCAGAGGCGCCCUGGGCCAGGUAGUGACCGCUCGGCUGUUCCCGGACAGCCUGGAGGACACGCCCCCGCUCCUCGAGGUCCCGCCUCCACCCGAGUCCGAAUCUGCGAAAGUCAAGGCCACACACACCCAGCCUAAGGUUACGCCCCCGCUGUCCGAAUCACGGUUGCGGCCUGCAGAGACCCCGCCAGGGUCGUCUAAGGCCGAGUCUCGGAUCGCCAAGGCCACGCCCCCCUCCGCUGGGCUGGGGCUUGCAAAAGACAAAGGCACCGUGCGAGCCGGGUCCCGCCCCCCCCAGGUCCCGCCCCCUCCGGCGGAGGACGCGUCCUCCCGCCGAGGCCCGCCCCCUCCGGCCCGGGUUGGGCCGCCCGCGGCCGUGGCCACGCCCCCGCCGGCUGCCGGCCACGCCCCCUCCGAGGAGCUCCUCGCCCAGGCCGCCCGACUCCUGGCGGCUGCUGAAGAUUCUGAUGGCAGCGAGUUCCAGGACGACCCUGUACUGCAGGUGCUAAGGCUUCAGAGGGCGGAGCUGCGGCGGCAGAAAAGGAAAGUGGAUGCCCAGUUAUCCCGCCUGCUGGAACAUACCGAAGAUCCGGGGUCGUGGUCUCCUUCAGCCAGGUCGACCCCCAGAUCCUCAAGGAUGCGACUUCAGAGGGAAGGAGACUUCCGAGAGGCCAGACAACUUUGAAUUGUACAAAUGCUUUAUCCCGGUAGAACGCUUUUUCUUUAAUCCCAAUGAGAUGUGUUUUUCAGGUUACUAGUGGUCUCUGAGAAAGAGGUGGUUCUGGAAAAGCCAAGGGUGGGGAGGGGAUCCGCACAAGACUUGGAUUCACCUUACCUGACUCAACGCAGCAGUGUAUCUUGUCUCAGAGGAAGCCAAAGGGACUGGCUUCUGAACAGAGCCGAUAGGGUCUCCAGAGUACUAGACAGUGAUUAGUUUGCCUUUCCCUGUGAGCCAGCACUGCUCCUUCCCUCCCUGAAGCAUUUCCUUCCCUGGCGCCCAGCACCCACCCCUGUGCUACCCUCUCUGGUGUGGCCCAACCUGCCACUUUGUUGUGUCCCAGAGUCCUGGCCUUCUGUCUAUAUUCCUUCCCAAGUGCUGUCAUGGAGUUCAUGGUUCUAAGCCCUGUUUCUAAUUCUGAUAGCCCCCAAAUUUCUAUCUUCAGCUCAGACCUGCCCACUCACCCUCAUGCUCCUAUAGUCCGCUACCUGCUCACCAUCUCCACCCAAAGGUCAAACUCCAGUGUCUUAAACUGAGCUUCCAAUCUUCCCCCUAAACGUGUUCCUUCUCGACUUUGCUCAGCACCAUCCUAACCUCUCAGGCCAAAAACCUGGUCAUCAUCCCUGACUGCUCUCUUUCCCUCAUGUCCAUGGUCAGUUGGCUAAGAAGUCCUGUCAUCUCCACCUUUAACAUUGAUUCAGAAUAUAAAUCCUCCCCCUUCACGGCCCCCCUCAGUCUAGGCUAUCAUCACCUGUCUAGAGCAUGGAGAAGUCUCUUGUUUUGUCAGAAAAUUCCUUGACACACUUCCCAACGAAAAGUUGUCUAUGCUCCUCCAUGAAACUGAGAACUUUGUAACUUCCUAAACAAUGGAGAAAUAGGCUCUUUUUAAACUGUAUUAGAAAAAAGGAUACAAUUUUUGUCUGUUUCUCUGACACAAUUUCCACGGGUUCUCUCCAGAUAAAAAGUCCAGUUGCCAUUCUGAGCAGGAGUUUGGUUGCAUAGGUGUGUGCAGUUGUCAAAAUUCAGUGGAAUUUAUGAAUUCAUUGUACAUAAAAUUUACCUAAAAAAAAAACCCUAAAGACAUUAUCUGAAGGGUUUUCAGAACAAUAUACCAAAGUCUCAUUUAUUUUGAAAUACAUCCAAAAAUUAAUUAGGUUAAUGGGUUAAUAGAGCAGUAAUAAAUAGAUGUGAUAAUUAAUAGAUGUGUUAAUAAUAGACGUGAGGAAGCCAACACAAUAAAAUGUUAAUGGUAGAAUCUAAAUGAUGGGGCUUUGAGUGACCACUAUAAAACUUUUCAACUUUGUUGUAUGUUUAAAACUUUUCAUCAUAAAAGGCUGGAAAAUAUAUGAUCAAGAUGACUUUGAUGUCUGUAUUUUUUAAAAGGAGGGGAAUAGGGUAGAUUUCUACUAAAAGCAGCUUCUGUUUGUCACAGACAAUAGUAUGUGCAUUCAACAGUCUUUGAACAAACCAUACAUUUCAAUGAAAUCAAUAAGAAAUGUAGAUAUAAGGAGAAAUAAGAUGUUUAUAGUAGCAGAAUUGGAUCAGUUGAGGGUGAGGGACCUAGAAGGAUUCCUAAGGAAGUCACUUGUAAGCUGAGACAAGUAGGAAUCAAGGAGUUGGCAAAGGGCCAUCCUAC